GUUUAAACGGCAGCUGCAGCUAGCAGCGGCUAACAGCUAACAGCAGCAGCCUGCAGCUCCGGACAGACAGACAGACAGACAGACAGACAGGCAGCGUCUCGGCGUCUGUGGAUGGAAGUGUUGAGCUCAGCGAUGGGACCGGAGAGAGUCUUACCGAGCUCUGAGGACGAGGACGAGCGUCCGGCUGACGGAGAGAUGCUGCCGGUGGGGGCGGUGUGGAGCGGGGGGGAGGGAGGGGGUGAGGAGGAGGAGGAGGAGGAAGAGGAAGAGGGGGCGGAGAUGGAGCUGGAUGGAGAGGAAGAGGAGGAGGAGGAGGAGGAGGUGAACAGUGGAGGAUAUUAUUACCAACCUCUGAACCAGGAGCCCGACGGCCUGAACGCCUCCGCACCCCCGCCGGAGGAGGAGGAGGAGGAAGAGGAGGAAGAAGAGCGGGGGCAGGCGCCCUCACACGCUGAACAGCUGCAGCAGGUGCAGCAGAGGAUAGAGGUGAUGGGGCUGCACCUUCCUGAAGCUCCGCCUCCUGACAGUGACGAGGAGGAGGACCCUGAGGGGGCGGCGGCCCAGAGGAGCCACGCCUCCAUCCCUAUGGACGCAGACCACGUGGAGCUGGUAAAGAGGACGAUGGCGGCCGUGGCGUUACCGUCUCUUGGCGUGCCGGCGUGGGCCAAGGAGAUCUCAGACGACCAGUGGAAGGACGUGGUCGAAAACGCGAUGCAGAGCCGGCAGAGCGCCGCCGCCCUGCGGCUCAACCGCAGGAACAACAUCAACUGACCCUGAACACAGCACGGACACUUCAGGGACACAGACGCAGUGUGGGAAAUGACAGACAGCGGGAGGGUCGACUCUUUCUGUCUGAAGCGAACCAACACGUUUCCAUAGUUACAUUAAAAUUAAACUUUAAUGUGAAUUUGAAGGAAGCUGCUCAAAACUGAGAAAGUUUAUUUUCUCAAACUCACCGCCGACUCCUUUAACCCUUUACUGCUUUAGCACAAAAAGUUAAUCAGAUUUAAAAUAAAAGAUUCAUUAUUUCCCAGCAGAGACAUUACAUUUUUUAUUUUGUGUG